UAAUUAAAAGUAAACGGCGGUAAAUGUUUUGAGGAAUGUUUCGCGCUGUUUUUCGCUUGAGGUUGUUGUCAUGGUGAGGGCGGAGGAGGAAAUAUGGCGUCAGAUUCAAACAGACGCUGAAGGAGUUUUACAAUAACACGGAUUUAAACGUUUUUAUUUCGUUUCACUUCAGUAUUUCAUCAAACACUGAUGUACGAGCACCACAGGCCUUUAAAUAAAUCGCCCGCCGUUCGUCCACGCCAUGGCAGUCGGGCCAAACGUAAAGACCCUGUUUCCACCCUGCGGGCGUCUCACCCGAGAGCCGUGGCGCCGUCUGCGCAGAACUCACAGGAGGAGAUCAACAGGCUCAGGGACGUGAUCGAUCGGCUGCAGAGAGACAGACGGGACGCUGAGAGAGAGACGGGUGAGGAUUUUACUCUCACAGCUGAGCUGAGGUGGAAAAUGAACCAGCUGGAACAGGAGAAACUGGAUUUCGCUUCCAAGCACAAUGAAGAGGUGGCGCAGUACGAGGCGCAGCUGGCGCGGUUGCGAGCGCAGGUGGAGCGCGGCGAGGCGCAGCGGCAGACGAUGGAGUACGACAUUGCUGUGGUGAGGAGAGACGUGGCGGCGGAGAGGAGAAGCACCGAGGAGAAGAUGAACGACCUGAGGAAAGACAACCGCAGGCUGGACGUCCUCAACUUGGAACUGCAUCAGAGGGUAUCAGAUCUACAGAGAUCUUUAGAAAUAACGCAGCAGGCACGUGAGGACGACCUUAAGGGCCUCCACACGGAGCUGCACGAGAGAGACCGUCUGCUGCUGAGCGCAAACGCUGAGAACGACCUCCUGCAGAACGACAAGAGCCAACUACAGACACUGAUACAGGAACAGAAUGACACUCUACAGAAGCUAAAAUGUGAAAUGGAGAGAAUGAAGAGAGACAGAGAGAAACUGAAACAUAAAUCAUCAGAGCUGGACCGCAGCACAGAGAGAGAAGAGAAGCUGCGCUCUGAUCUGGAGGCAGCUCUGCAGAAGGUGAAGGUUCUGGAGCAGAGUGUGGAGUCGGAGCGCGCCGCACACCUGCAGUCUAAAUUCAACUCUGAGAUCAUCCAGAUGAGGAUGAGGGAUCUGGAGGAGGCUCUUGAGGUGGAGAAGAACAGUCACGCUGAGGUCUCGUCUCGUCUGGAGCUCCUCAAGCAGAAGUGUGGAGAGCUGGAGAGAGCGUACCAUCACGAGAGAGACGAAUCACGCAACACGAGCCACAAACUCACACAGUUGGAGAAGGACUUCUUGACCAUGAAAACUGAUCUGAUUGGUCAGCUGGAUCAGGAGAAGGCUGCAUCUGCUGAGCUGAUUGGACAGUUAGAGCAGGAAAGGGCGGAGUCAGUGAAGCUGUCAGUCAAACUGCAGGAGCAGGAGAAAGUUUGGGCAGACAGACAACAGGAAAUCAGCCGGGCUCUGGUGUGUGUGCAGCAGUCCUAUGACAGUCUGUUGAGUGAUCUUGAUCAUGUGGUUCAGCAGAAUCAGCAGCAGGGGGCGGCACACGCUCAUAACACAGAGGAAGGAGGUAAACACAAAGCAUCUGCUCUAAUGGACAUCCUGCGGAAAACACUACACUACUACAACACACAGUUGCAGGAGUCUGUGAUUGUGAUGCAGAAGUUGAAUCAUGAGGUCAGACAGAAGGAUGAGACGAUCACUGAUCUUCAGAGGAACAUGCAGGAGUGUGAGGCUCGUGGCGUGUGUGUAAAUGAAGAGGUGAAGCGUUUGCGUGUGUGUGUCGCAAACGCUGCAGCUGAUCUGCGCAGCCUCAAAGCACAACACACAAACGCACAAACACAGAUGAACAAACUCCAGCAGCAACAUCACAACGACUGCCAGGAGAAGCUAACGUUCCUCCACACGCUCUAUCAGCGUCUGCUCGCUGGAUGUGUGCUGGUGACGCCGCCACGCAGCAUGCUGGGUAGCUUCUCAUGGGCGGAGCUUAGCGCUGUGGUGCAGGAGCACGUGGACAGGCUGACUUCUGACCUCUCUGCAGCCAAUGAGAAGGUGUCACGCUUGGAGAGUGUGUGUGAGGGGAAAUCAGCAGCGCUGGAGAGUGUGAGCUUACAACUGAGACAGAGAGAGGAGAGCUGGAGCAAACAGAGAGAAGAUCUCAACACACAACACAUACACCUCAACAACCAGCUACAGCACAAGCUACAGGAUCUCAGCAGGCAGCUGCAGCAGGCCGAGGAGCAUGUCCGCUCUCUGGAACAGGAAGUGAUGCGUCUGCUGAUCGCGAGCGGCGUGCUAGCGGGAUGCGUGCGCGGUCUGCGCAGACAGGUGUGCGCUCUGGCCUGGCAGAAGGCCGUGCUGCAGGAGCGCGUGUGCGGCGCAGAUGUCCUGAGGUCAGAGGUCAGCAGGCUGCUGCAAGCACUAGGCGACGGCGGGGUCAAAGGUUGCGGCACGCAGAGGUUCCGGCGCUGUGUGAUCGCGGUGCUGGCGGCGGGGCGUCUGCGUGCGCUGGGACGCAGCUCUGCGGUGAUGUUCAGGGUCGCGCUGGGGUUCGAUCUGCAGCCGCUCGUGAGUGUGAACCAGGUGAAGCUCGGAGAGGAAGAGGAGGAGGAUGAUGAAGGCAGCAGGGUGAUGAAGACGCUCACGUCCUCCGAGCUGCUCAAGCUCAUACACACCUGCAUGGAGGAACUGCGGCAGGAACUCAACAGAAGCGGUGGUGUGAAGGACUCCUCGUGUGUGUUGUCAGCGGCUCAGAGCGCCUGUAGGAAGUUGCUGGAGCGGCUGCUGUCAGACGUGGACUCUCAGUGCAGCGGGCAUUAUGGGAAAGACUCAUUAGCACGGCGACUGGCUAACGGACUUCACACACUCGUCAAACACAGCUACUGUAACAGCAAGAUGAUGAUGGCGUCUCUUCAGAAGCACAUCCUGGAGUUCACACAGCGUCUGCAUUCGGCUGAGAUCGAGCGCAGGAACCUGAGACUGGAGAUCUCACGCAUCAAAUGCACUAACAGCUGCAGAGACACACACACCGAGUGUGUUCCCCUCCAGCGGUUCGAGUGUGUGUGUGAGGAGCUCAGCAGUGCCCUACAGAGAGAGCAGCGUGCUCAGACUCUGCUGCACGAUCAGGCCUCUCAGCUGCAGCAACUGGGCCUCAGCAUGGAGCUGCACACGGGGGAAGAACUGGAGAAGGACCGCACGCUCGCACAGGCUGUACAGAGUUUGUCAGACACCAAGCUGGAGUUGAGGAGGAAGGAUCAGCUGCUGCGCUCGCUGGGGAAACAGCUCGGCCAAUCACAGCAGCAGAACAAACAUCUGCAGCACGACAUCGCCAGCACUGAGAUGAAUAAAGAGUCUCUGAUGAGCUACAUCAAAUCUGUGGAGGAGCGUUUACAAGAGAUGAAAGAUCACAUCAUUCUGUCCAGAAGAGCCUCUUCACAGGAUUAUUUCACCCUACAGCUCUCCAGAUUGUCCCUCAUACCAUCAGACUUGCAAAGCAUCAUGGGAAACCCAGAGACAGAAGCAUGUCAGAGUUUGGUGAUGCGUUUCCUGGAGCUGCAUCAGCUGGUGUGCUCAAAAAUAUCAUCUCAGGAGAGAGAGAUCUCAUCAUAUGAGUCUCACAUCACGGCGCUGAAAAGUGAACUACAGGACGCCUGUCUGCGGGAGAGAAACGGCUGUAUACCGUCGCUUGCGUCCUCCGCCCAGUCAGCAGAGGUGGAUUAUGGGACGUGUUUUCUGACAGACGCCGCGGUCUCCUCCAGAAACUCGCUCUCGGAUCUCCAGAGGAGAGUCAAAGAGAGAAAACACUGAUGAACUGAAGCUGGAUCACUGUGAGACAGACAGUAACACAGGAGCGUUUCCUCUUUAUAACAUCUGGUUUCUCAUUUCCUGUGGAUGAUGUGUAAUAGUGACACUGUUAACUAGUGUUAUUAAAUCUGCUGUGGUUUAUUGAUGCUAGUGCUGCAAUGUUUCUCACGCUCACAUACACAAAACAACAGCGAGGGGAGAGUGGGCUGAGAUGUGUCGCACCCUAAAGCUAGCACAAUCUUUUUUACAACAAACAAUUUUUAUUAUUUUUUUAUUUUUUUUGUCUGUCUAAAUAUAUACACUACUGGCCAGAAGUUUGGAAUUAUGAAGUCUCUUCUGCUCACCGCCAAGGUUGCAUUUAUUUGAUCAAAAAUGCAUAAAAAAAUUGUGAAAUAUUAUUCUAAUUUAAACUAGCUGUUUUCUAUGUGAAUAUGUGUUAAACUGUAAUUUAUUUCUGUGAUGCGCAGCUGUAUUUUCAGCAUCAUUACUGCAGUCUUCAGUGUCACAUGAUCUUCAGAAAUCAUUCUAAUAUGCUGAUUUGCUGCUCAAAAAACAUUUCUGAUUAUUAUCAAUGUUGAACACCGUUGUGCUGCACAAUAUUUUUUAUUGAAACCGUGAUGCAUUUUAUUUUUCAGGAUUCACAGAUGAAUAGAAGUUCAGAAGAACAACAUUUAUUUGAAAUAGAAAUCUUUUGGAACAAGUGUUACUAAUGUCUUUAUUGUCAGUCGAGUAAAGCUCAUUCAAGCUAGACUUUUCAAACACUAAUGAACUACAUUGAAGCAAUUUAAAGUAGAAAUAAUUUUUAAUUCUAGUUUAAAAAGAAAAAAAGAGAGAGACAGAGUUAAAAAUCAGAGCUUUAUUUAUUAUAAAAAUCAGGUCACAAAAAUAAUGAUGGGUAAAGCUAAAGUGAAGUUUAAGAACCAAGAUUUGAAAAAGUGAAAUCACCAAAAUUUGUACAAUUAAAUAAGUCAACACCAGUGUUUACUGAAAUAUUUAUUUGCAUAAUAUUUGUGUUCUUUUACAUUAAGCAGAAUUAUUGAAAGUUACUUUCUCAUAAAAGCUGCAAACCUCAUGUUCUUUCACUGGUCUGGUGCUUUUAAAGCUUAAUUAAUGUCUGAUUAUCUGAGUCAGUGACAGUGACUGUUUUCAUGCAGAUGCCGGAUGUCAGAGGAGUGUGUGUGUGUGUAUUUAAUCCUCCACUCGUCUGUGGAAAUCCUCUUUCCAGUCGCUGUUCAGAGACGAGGAGAAACGGACGGCCGUAGCGCUCAUUUCAUCUAGAUUAUCUGACUGUCAGCGGCUGCUUACACU